UAUGGUGGAUGAAGUCGACGGUGUGUGUCAGUCGAGCUGUCGUUGUCAGCUGUUCCGUGUUUUCAUCUACGUCACACGUUUCUGCCUCUUUAUCAAGAUGUCCUACGCUUAUUUAUUCAAGUAUAUCAUUAUUGGAGACACUGGUGUGGGAAAGUCAUGCCUUUUGCUGCAGUUUACAGACAAAAGAUUUCAACCUGUCCAUGAUCUAACAAUUGGAGUCGAGUUUGGUGCACGCAUGAUCACGAUUGACAAUAAACAGAUCAAGCUUCAGAUAUGGGACACAGCUGGCCAGGAAGCAUUCCGAUCUAUCACCCGAUCCUAUUACCGAGGUGCGGCUGGGGCACUCUUAGUUUAUGACAUCACUAGGCGAGAAACCUUUAACCACCUCACGCAGUGGCUGGAGGAUGCCCGUCAACACUCAAACUCCAACAUGGUCAUUAUGCUCAUUGGUAACAAAAGUGAUUUGGACUCUCGGCGAGAAGUAAAACGAGAGGAAGGUGAAGCUUUUGCUCGAGAACAUGGUUUAGUGUUUAUGGAAACUUCUGCUAAAACAGCAGCAAAUGUUGAAGAGGCUUUCAUUAACACAGCUCGGGAAAUUUAUGAAAAGAUACAAGAAGGAGUCUUCGAUGUUCAUAAUGAGGCUAAUGGCAUAAAGAUUGGACCUCAACAUUCUCCAAGUGGAGCUGGUCUAACUGGAAAUCAAGGAGCAGCUGGUGGACAAGGUGGUGGUUGUUGCUAAUCUCUCUCACUUGUGAGACUACAUGAUUGAUAAUCAUGAGGUUGAUGAGAGUGAUCUAUCAAUGGAGAAAACAGACUUGGAUUUAUUUUGGAUGACUAUGAGCUCUCGGCACUUGCACCAAUGUAUCACUUUGAGGCUGACGAGCAUAACUUGCCGAGAAAAUGAUAUUGGCCAGUGAUUUAAAUCAGAUGAUAGGCAUGUGUUAAGUCUGAACAGCAUAACAAGGAAUUGACCAAAAUUGAAUUGAAUUGAUUUUAUACUCAUCACUAUCAUGCCAAGCCCAGAUGUGGUGGUCUAUUGCACUGUAAGGAUAGGGGAGUUGUGCGUGGAGUAUGUGAAAAUAAUGUAUAUUGAUGUAUAUUUUGAUUGAAAGGAGUGUGUGUUUUGCAGUUGAUUUUCCCAUUAACUAAAAGUGUUUAGCUUCCAAUUACACUAAAAUGUAUCUCAGAAUACAGAUUUACGGAUAAAUCACAGGCACAGGAAUUAUAAAUAUCAGGUCAUUGAAGAGAAAAAAAUCUGCAACUAAUGCUUAGAGUUGACUUCAGGCUUUGCCAUCACAGCAUAUACCAGUUGUAUAUGAUGGCAGAUUUGUAUAUGGUGCACAGGAGUAGCAGUUAUGAAUUUUAAAAAGAAUUAACAUAAAUAUCUGGUACAUAUUUUUUUAAUACUUGCAAUUAGCCUCAAACACUUACGUCAAAUACAUUAUAUAGCUUUAUUAUAGGAUUAUGAAAUGCUUUUUUAAGUUUAACAUUUAUUAACUAGUCUUCUAUAAAUAUUAGGUUACCAAAGUCUCGGCUAUGGAUUAUAAUCUGGGACGAGUGGUACCUCCAGUAUUGUAACCUGCAUGUUUCCAGCUGUUACUGUGGUACUGGGGCCCAGCUUCUUGGUUAGCUUGUUUAGAAUGUUUAGCUCAUAUUGGCUAAUACCUUUGUGUGGCAUAGAGAAUCAAAGGAUUUUGGAUUACAUUUCCAUUCAUUCUCUAUUGAUGUUAGACCAAGGACCUCUUAUACUGUUUCAGCUAGCUUAAUUAUGACCCUUCAAAAUAUCUGAUUUCUGCAAAAAUAUACAUAUAUAUAGUUAUUUCUUGAGAAAUACUAGGGAUGUUAGGGUGAUCAAAAGUGUUGGUGUUAAUAAAAUGGCAAUGUUUUCUGAUAACGUUUGACUUGGCUUUUGUGUGAUAGUUCUAUACCUGGUGUGUAUGGUUUAAGUUUAGUUGCAUGGAAUUCCCUUAGUGGACCUGGAGUAUUUUUCUAAUUUUCUUUGUAUUAAAAAAAAAAAUACUGAAUUUGCCAGUUUCAAUCUUGAUAAAGCGGCAUUAGGCGUUCAAGGCAAGUAUUAUGGUAGUUGCCUAUAAAUCCCAGUUUUAUUUACUAUCAGAAUAUUAUGUGACAGCAGCUACUGAUGUGUAGGCCUCAAUAAAGCAAGGAAUAUUCCUGAAUCAAGGGUAAGCUUGACUACAAUGUUAGCGCAUUUGUCUCAUGAAUUUUAUAUGCCAGUUAUUAUUUAUAAUAACCAUAAUGCUUGCUGACUGCAUAAUUGGGUCAUUACUUUUAUUGUUCACUGUUCAACAUGUCCUAAAUUAAUAAAUUUAUAAUAAAUUUAGUUAAACUUUACUUUCAAAAUCAAGGAAUUUUUUUUAUACAUAUAGUGAUCUGGAUGAAUAGUUUAAUACUAUGUAUUCUUCCCCUAAAGGUGAAGACUAUCGAGAUGACUUUUAAAAAUAACAGUAAAUGAAUCACAAGCUAUAGGUGUAUAUACUUUGCUUAGUUAGCUGAAAUUCACAUUUCAGUGCAGAAGGCAAUGAGGCUUUUUUUUUUUUUGUUGUUGUUGGAAUUUCUAAAUUUGUAUUUUAAACACAUUAGUGGUAUAAACAUUCCAGAAGCCAGACAAAGCUCCUCUGCCCUAAAAUUUAAGUCAGUAAUGAAGUUGCAUAAAUGAUUUUGUAUUUAGAUUUUUCAAUGAAGGUAACUGAAAUACCUGUAUGCUCAAUGGAGAUGACAUGUAUGACGUGUUUGUUAGACUUGGCUCCAGUUAAUCCCAAUACAACAACUUACUAUGGUUAAGUGACUUUAAAUUUUUUAUAAAUAAAACCUAAACCAAAAAUACUGGUUUACUUAAUUUAGUUUUGUUUUUAUUAUUUGCUCUUUGUCAAUAGUUAGUUCAGCUAUUUGUUUCUGGUUUUCAUCAAAUCAUCCAUGAACAAAGUGUGUGUGUGAAAGUAUUUUUGUUAUUCAAACAGUAAUAAGUAGGGUGGGCCUUUUGUAUCUAAUGUGACAUCUAUUCUCUUUAAACUUAAAAAAACCAAAGCAAACAAUAGGUACAAUAUGUACAGUAUAUUGAAGAUACUAGAAAUGCAAACAUUUUGCUGGUCUUUAAUGGCAGGUAUCUAGUACAGUACUUAAGUUUUGAAUGACAAUUCAUGACUUCAUGCAAUAUUAAGCUUUGUCCUAAUUAGACCAUGCUUAUAAAACUACUUUUUACAUAGUGUAACUACUACAAUUUGAACUUUGGCCAUUGAAGACCAGUGUGUAAUGCACGAGUGUGAUAGCGGAUCCUACCUUGAUUUUUACCCUUGAAUUUGUCUGCAAAUUAUCACCCAACUCAGCUAGACAGUAGAAUAUUGCAGUAAUCUUCACAUGAUCUGAUAGAAGUUGUCAUAGUAUGGUGUCAGUUUAUUAUGUGAAGAUAAAUGUUUCAAAUGAACCAGGGUCUAGGGAUUAUAAGCCUUUUAUUUAUUUAAAAGAUGAGAAUCAUACUAUCCCUAUACUUUCAAGCCCAUUUAUUGUAAGACACUAGUAAAAGUGGGUAAAGGACCAUUAUUGGGCUGUAUAAGGCAGCUGCAUAGACUUCCAUCUGCUGUGUAUGAAUGCUUUCAUCUGGUCCAUUAUCAGGAAGCAAGAGGAACCAGUCACUAACAGUUAUGUACCCUGAUCACAACAUCCUCCCAGUGUAUCCCACAGGACAAUCUUGGAUGGCAUGUCAUGCAACUUGCAUUGAUCUGGUAUCACAGUUGGCUACACUUGUGUAAGACUAUGUUUAUUAAACAUUAAAAAGCUAAUUUAUAUUUUAGUGAAACCCAAAAAUUAUUUUUUUUUUUUUUUUUUUUUUUUUUGAGGGAGAGGGGGGGGGGUGCCAUGGAGUCUUGACCAUUCCCAUCCCAUGGUAAUUUAAAUCCAGUACUGGCUUUGCCUUAUCCUCAGUAGUUAUAGGACAGUUGAAUUUUGCUGGGUCCCCUGUCACGUGCUGAUUUUAAUGAUUAGCACUUAAGGAGGCAGCAGUUUGUGUAUAUCCCUCUUCUAAAAGCAUCUUCCUUACUCAGUUUCUACUAUUUAUUCACACUACGACCUUUGGGGUGAUAGUUUGAGUGUUACGAAUAACAAAGUUACAUGGUAUUGAAUGUAGCCUUCUCCUAUGCCUUCUUCCUACUACUGUACUAUAAUUAGGAAAUGGCUCUGACAAGGUAACGCAUUAGCCACACACACUUAACUCAUUGGCACUUGAUAAAAUGCAGAUCUAUGUUCCAUUGUUUGAAUUGCAUUAUCCUACUUAGUCAUGAUUUUUAGGAUCACAAAUCUUGCUUUCUCAAUGACACAGUUGCUUGUCCUUUAAUAAAAUCUUUCGUGAGCAAUACUUUUGAUAUCGCUCAUAUGUCCUUUUAUACUUGUAUUAGCACCUCGAAUGAUAAUUAGGACUAUUAUACAGUAUACUGUAAUAGUAAUUCUAUAUACUUUUCUAUUUAUACUGUUCUGCACCACAAACGGUGCUAAAUAGUCUUCCAGGCUUGGUACCAUACCAUCUUGAUAAUUACUUACAUACAAUUAAUAUUUAACGAGAGUAGUUUAUGAAGCAACUCUUCCGACUUAUGGUGUAAAGUUAGAAAGACCUUGGUUAGUGUUGAUCUAACCUAUCUUUUUUGUUAUGUACAGUAUAUUCAUGUACUGUAUUUCUUGCUUCCCUUCAUCUGGAAGUAGAGGUGUCCAGUAAGCUGAAACAAUACGCUGCCUUAGUGAAGUAUGGGUGAACCAAUUAACUGGUCUUGUUCGUCAACCUAAGGUUAAGUGUGUGGCAGGGAGAGUCGGCACAAUUGCAGGCCCCUCGUGUUCUUUCCAACAUCAAUGGUAACCUAUGAAUAAUAUCCCUGGGGGUUGUGCACUGCAUGUACCCUCUUUUUUUUUAUCAUUUAUCAUAUUUUGAGGUGGAUGGGAAUAUUUGGAAGUAUUUUAUUUACGUAUAUUUAUCUUCACUCGGAGAACUUGUGAUGUGUGAACAGGUCCAAAAGUGUUGUGUCCAUGGGAGUUCUGCUCCUCCCUUACACCAGGAGUGUGUGGUCCAACAACUGCUGCAGUUAUGCGAAGGAAUAUAUAUCCCUCAUGCUUGUGCUAGAAAUUUGGUCAUGGUAUUUUAGUUUGAGGGAAUAAAGUGGUCAUUUGACAUGUAUUUAUGAUGAACAUCAAUCCAACUGCUGCUGAUAUUUCUAAAUAAAUGGUAUAGGCCUAA